ACAUUCCAGCCAAGUGAGAGAGCCAGCGAAUUUGAAACGCUGGAAGUCACUUCUUUUGGUCCCUUUUCCUUGUGAGCACUCACACGCUUACUAGAGGACAAGGCGCUCCAUAAGCAGCUGCAGCACAUCUUUUUUGAGUGUUCUUUUGUUUUGUGGAGUACGUGAAAGCGUCCCUUAUCCAAAGCCAACAUGAAAGCCUCCAUAUUUUUCAUUCUCUUGACCGUUUUGGCUCAUUCCAGAGGCCAGUACCACUACCAGGGCCUGAUGAACUACCUGGAAAACAGGAUGCUCGCUAUGGAGGAACGCAUUGCCUUGUGGCAUGAACAGAACAACCGCUACAGCUCCGACCUGAAGGAAUUCAGGCAGCAGGCCGCAGACCUGUUGGAGAAGUUGGCCAAGGAGCACAAUAAACUGCAUUCGGACAUGGAGGGCGCAGGAGCACGGGUAGACCGUGUGGAGCGUGAGAUGGACUAUAUUGAAACCAAGAAUCCCCCUAAGCCUUGUGUGAAAGCAGCAGACAAAAUGGUGGAACAGGACGUGGUUGUCAAAGAGAGGAAGAAGGAAGAGUUCUUUGAGCUGUCUGUGUGUGUGAAUAUUGUAUCCACUCUAAAAGCAAUGAAGAUCCUUAAGAGGUUGGGGAGCCCGAAAGGUGUCUGGACCAAAGAUGCCAGGUCAGCAAAAGUCUACGUCUUCAACGGCACAUCCGACAACACGCUGUAUGAAUUCAACUCAGUGCGAGAGCUCUCGGCAUCAUCAGGCGUAUCUAAAGGCAGGCAGAUCACCGUUCCCUCCGCUUGGAACGGGACCGGUCAUGCAGUCUAUGAUGGCUUUCUCUAUUACAUCAGUGAAAGUUCAGAGCUCCAAGUUAUUAAAUAUGACCUCAAAAACGGUUCGGUUGCAGACAGUGCAGUGCUUCCCAUGGAGGACCGCAGCCCAGUGUACCAACUCAAUCCAGAGACACUGGUGGACUUGGUGGUGGAUGAGGAUGGGCUAUGGGCGCUAUAUCCGGCUGGAGACACUAUUAAUCUUGCUAAGAUGGACUCUAACUCUCUGGAUAUAGAACUAAUGUGGGACACGGCGUGUCCAAGAAACAACGCUGAAGCUGCUUUUAUUGUCUGUGGCACAGUCUAUGUGGUUUACAACACCAAGCCGCCGAGCCGCUCGCGUGUGCAGUGUGUGUUCGAUGUGAAUGACAUGGUGAGCAGUGGCGAGGCCCCUCUGAUUUAUUUCCCAAGGCGCUACGGGGCUCAUUCCAGCCUCAAAUACAAUCCUGAGGAGCGGCAACUCUAUGCAUGGGAUGAUGGGUACCAGAUUCUGUAUAAACUAGCACUGAAGAAGAAGCUAUGGGCAAUAAUGCCACCACCUGAGGAAUAGUGGCCCUUUUUAGCUCUUAAAGGGCUUUAUGUUCCUGGCUACAAAAAGUUUGUGUUUUUCCUAAGGGGAUAGUUACUGAAAAUGAAAAUUCUGUCAUUAUUUAUUCACCUUCAUGUUGUCAAGUCUGUAUGACUUUAUCAGGAAACAGGAAAAAUGUUGACUCUUUUCCAUUCAAUUACAAUGGAUGAGGAUUGAUGUGUUCAGUCAUCAAAAAGGACACAAAACCUUCUCUGAGUCUGAAUGAUUUGUUCAUGACUGAACCUGUUCAGUCAGUUUAAUUCACUGAUUCAGUUGCAGCAGUUAAUGGCUCACUGAAUUGUUAAUGUUAAACAACUUAAAUUUGGGUCUAAUUCUUACAUAAAUCUAUCAUGACUUUUUGUGAAACAAGCAAAAAAUGUAAUAAAACUAUAAAUCUGAAAA